AGAUUAAAGCACCCCACGGUCACUGUAUUUGCGAGCACCACUCUUCAAUUGCGCCGCGUCCAGGAAUGAAACUGCUGAGGCGACGGACGGGCCAAAAUAAAUAAAUAAAAAAAAUAAAUCAAGACAAAAAAAAAACACCACCAUUCAAAAUGUGUUUACACGUCUUUAAUGAGGCUGGCUGGAAAUGAGAAUCCUCCAGGGAAGGGCGCAGAGAGCAUCCCCCCCUGGCCGCCUGCCUCUGUAGCACCAGUCUAGGAGGUAUCAAUGUUUUAUUAGAUGACACUGGAAGCCUGCGCGCAUGUAGUGGGCAGCGCUGGAGAGAAACCGCAAUCGCCUCCAGUUCGUCUCCACUCGGCGCUGUUAUCACAGACGCGGACUCGACACGCAGGGGUUGCGUGGGGGGCGUGACGGCGGCUCCUUCUUCUCCUCGUCUUCUGGCUUCACCCUCCUUCGCUGCUCGGCAGCCCGUCUGGACCCGGACCCGGAGCCGGAGCCGAAUCGGACCGGGGCAGCUCGCCCAUCAUGACGGGAAGGCGGCGAGGGGUACCGAGAGGACGGCACCCGCCUCUCUCUUCGUGUGCGUCGCUGCUCGUCCUCGCUGCGCUCUGCCGGAGCAUCGGGGGGCUGGAGAAUCACAACAACCCGGUCGCACCCGCGGCUAAAGGAGCCGAAUUCAAUCGGAUCUACUCCGGCUUUGUGAACCGGGAAGUGGAGGAGAUUUAUACCUUUAACUACAGCACAAAGCCCGGCGAGGUGGACGCUGUGCGGGUGUACGUCAGCGCCGGCUCCGAUGACCCGCGCUACCCCGUGAUCUUCGUCGUGCGGCAGCAGAAGGCGGUGCUGUCCUGGCAGGUCCCACUGGUGCUGAGAGGCCUUUAUCAGAGAAUGUACACCUAUCAGGAAGUGAGCCGCACACUGUGUCCCUUGGAGCCCCAGUCGGAGGAAGUGACAUCAGAGCAGUUCCUGUUCAUCGACGUGGCAACCAUGGCUCCGUUCAACAUCCGCUACGAGCUGCUGGUGCAGCGAGUCAGCCACUUCAGGCUGGAGACUGGAGUGGAGUUUAAAUUCAGUGCAACACCUUCCCAGCCCAUGUACUUUCUGUACGAGUUCCCGGAGGGGGUGGACUCCGUUGCGAUCGAGGUGGUGUCUCACCGGGCGGACCCCUGUGCUGUGGUGUCUGUACAGGACAUAGUGUGCCCGGUGUAUGACCUGGAUUACAAUGUGGAGUUCAUUGGGGUUUACCAGUCCAUGUCCCUGAAAGCUGCCAUCACCGUGCAGAGGAAGGAUUUCCCCGGAGGGAAGUUCUACGUUGUGUUUGUCAUUAAGCCUGAAGACUACGCCUGCGGAGGAACUUUCCCCUCCACAAAAGGCAAAGGGAACCACACCUGGCAGGAGGAGAGGGUCAAGGGGCUCGGCGUCACCAUCGUCCCGUCUGCCACCAAGAGGGUGUACAUCCAUGCCAUCCUCUUCUCCUUGCUCAUCUUCCUGCUGUUCUACGCGAGUGCCCUGAUCGUGGCCUUUGUCCAUUACAUGAGGAUUCAGAGAAAGGAAGGUGUGUAUAGCCCCGACGAAGAUGACGGGGAGGGCUCGGUGGCAUCCUCGCACCCCAUCGCCAGUGGCACCCCAGAGGGAGGGACCUAUGGCGCCAUAGACGAGUCCAGCCCCGCGCCCAGCCCCGCGCCCAGGGAGGGGCUGCACUGCCGCUCCGGCCCCGACAGCUCCGAGGACGAGGACGGGGCCGUGCACGCCCUGCGGGACCUGGAGCGGGAGAGCGCCUUGCACAGGAGCAGGGCCUUCCUGUACGUGUCGGACCUGUCCCGGAAAGACAGCAAAACAGUCAGCAAAAAGUACAAGAUCUACUUCUGGAACAUCUCGACCAUCGCGGUGUUCUACGCCCUGCCGGUCGUCCAGCUGGUCAUCACCUAUCAGACGGUGGUGAAUGUCACGGGGAACCAAGACAUCUGUUACUACAAUUUCCUGUGUGCCCAUCCUCUGGGGGUGUUAAGUGCCUUCAAUAACAUCUUGAGCAACGUGGGAUACGUGCUCCUGGGAUUCUUGUUCCUGCUGAUCGUGCUGCGCAGAGACAUCCUCCACCAGAGGGCGCUGGAGUCCCGCGAUGUGUAUGCCUUGGAGUACGGCAUCCCCAAGCACUUUGGCCUCUUCUACGCCAUGGCCAUUGCGCUGAUGAUGGAGGGGGUGCUGAGCUCCUGCUACCACGUCUGCCCCAACUACUCCAACUUCCAGUUCGACACCUCGUUCAUGUACAUGCUGGCGGGGCUGUGCAUGCUGAAGCUCUAUCAGACCCGUCACCCCGACGUCAACGCCAGCGCCUACUUCGCCUAUGCCACCUUCGCCAUGGUCAUCUUCCUGGCCGUGCUGGGCGUGAUCUUCGGGAAGAACGCCGAGUGGUUCUGGAUCCUCUUCUCCAUCAUUCACGUCUCGGCGUCGCUGGCCCUCAGCACUCAGAUUUACUACAUGGGCAGGUUCAAGAUCGAUGUUUCGAAUGCAGAUAUUGGGACCUUCAGGCGCAUUGGGAUGGUCCUGUACAACGAUUGCAUUCAGCAGUGUAACAGACCGAUGUACAUGGACAGGAUGGUUCUCCUGAUCCUGGGCAAUCUCGUCAAUUGGUCUUUUGCUGUUGUUGGGCUGAUAUUAAAGCCCAAGGAUUUUGCUUCUUACCUCCUCGGUAUUUUCAUCUGCAACCUGUUGCUGUACCUGACCUUCUACAUCAUCAUGAAGCUCCGGAGCUCGGAGAGCCUGAGGCCCAUCCCACUGUUCUGCAUCGUUGCCACGGCAGUGAUGUGGGUGGCGGCCCUUUACUUCUUCCUUCAGAACCUGACCAGCUGGGAGGAGUCCCCAGCGCAGUCGCGGGAGCAGAACCGUCCCUGCGUGCUCCUGCACUUCUUCGACGACCACGACAUCUGGCACUUCCUGUCCGCGGCGGCCAUGUUCUUCUCCUUCCUGGUUCUCCUGACCUUAGAUGAUGACCUGGACUACGUGAGGAGAGAUACGAUCCCUGUGUUUUAGGCGAGAGGAAGGGUGGGAAGAGGGUGGCCAGGGUUGAGGAUACAUCUGGAGUCUGCUCAGGGCCAGCACGCUGCCGGGCUACAGCACAGGAGCCAAGAACCGCAGGACGAGGAGGAACGUCAUCUGGAACUCAGAGGUGUAAAGAAUCCUCCGGUACCGAUCUCUUACCAUCACCCAGAAAAUAAACGGAUUUACUGCCUAAACUGAUCGAGACGCUGUCCUUCUCUGCUGCAGGCCUGUGAGUACCUGGUCGCUGUCAAGCAGACGCACGUGUGUCUGGGCUCGUUUUCACUGAGCGUGCUACACAGGCAACGUCACCCCCCCGACGCCUAGACUGAGUAGAACUCUGCUACCGCAAUUGACCGUGUCUUCUGGCGCGGCAGAGUUUGUCUCCGUCUGGUGAGCGGUACCGUGUGGCUCUGGACCCACGAGCCACUGUGGCCGAAUCCCUGCGGCGGCAGAGCAGAGCGUGCACUCGUCACACGCAGUGUGUUCAGACGCAGGCCUUUUCACAGGCUGGUUUGAAUUUAUUCUUCAAAAAUUGGGAUUCUGUCAAUUUUACUACACCGACAAAAUUCACUCACCAAACAGAGGACCUUCUUACAAGCAUUAGCACUACCAGUUCUGUCUGGAUGUGUCCCUGUCGGCCCUUUCUGAGUUUGCCAGAUGGCCGUGGCCUUGAGUCACUGCUCUGCUCCAGAUGAAGAUCUGCACAUUGGCUGAGGACAGGAGUUAAGUUGAUGUGCUUUAUCACACAGUCCUGCAGUGAAAAUUGCUUGCUGCUGUGUGCCACACUGAGAAUAUUUCCUGAGCUCUACUGGGAAUUCAUAGGAUGCUAAAAUGCCCUGUGGAGGAGAGAGGCUUUCUGCAAAACUAUGCCCAGAAUGAGUGUUCUGCUGUGAGCCUGCUGUGAUGACCUCACAGUGGCUAGCAUGCCUUGUGAUGUAUAAUACAGAUUAUUAUUAAGACAGACAAGAGCUGCAAUUUCUUGUAUCUUUCUUGGUUUGCUGUCAACCAUAUACUAGUGUUGGGUUUUAAACGAAUUUACAACAUAUUCCUUCCAUCAGUGUGGCUCUCUGGGGGUAACGUCGGAACAGUGCCAACCUGUAUGAAGCUCUGCCAUGCACAUAUGAGAGAGUUGCCUUUUUAUUUUCCAAGACCUACCAGGGCCUGGCUUUCUAAACUGUUCUAAACUGUUUCAGACAGUAUGUAGGCCCUUGCUCUUCAGCUGGAGGUGUGUUAUUGCUGGUAUCUGUCUUUCCUCAGCCAUGCCAAUGAGCUAGUUGUGCCAAACAAACGUCAUAGGAGAAUUCUCUUAAUUUUCUAGUCUCCACUCUUCAAAAUUAAACCCAGAAGUGUUCACUAUGUGUUGAGCCCACACCCCACUCGUGAGAUUUCACUCCUUCCCCUGUGAAAUGUCCACCUGCCGAACAUGUCGUGACAGAUCUGCGGGUGUUUGAUGUUCAAUGUUAUUUCUUUGGUUUCGGAAAUAUCAAGAUCUGCAUCUGCAGCGGUCUUCCUCUUUUACUGCAGCUGUUGAAUUUCCUCACUGUGAAAAGUAUCCAGAGUGAAGCACGGCUACAAUACGCAGAACUGUGCCCAUGUCUGCUUUUCACAUUCGGAGAGUUUUAUUGUCAUGACUGAUGAGCAGGGCCAAAGCAAUAACAAUUAAGGUGACAUUUACAACCGCAACAUCAUAAAAUUACCUGAGAGGCUUACUCUCAUCCUGAGUUUUAUAAAGGAGUUUCUUCCCCUCCUACACCAGUAGGACUGAAAGCUGUUCUGAUUCUGGCGGGUCUGUAGAUCUGAUUUGUUAUUUUAGGAAAAGAAGGUUUGUCUAAUCUCCUAGUAAGUUUUAUACAAUGAAGCAGUAAUUGCUUCUCUGUCUCUGCAGGCUGUGCGGGCACCCAGACCUUUUAAGUGUUUUUGCAUUCAUUUUCAGUUUGAUGGAUCCAGGCCUUUUGCUUUCAGAAGUGCACCGUUUUGAAUGCGCACAUCUGCAUAUGUAGUACGAGUAUUUAAUCCUGAAUCCCGUACUCAGUGAAUUCAUCCUUGCACGUUGUACAUUGGGGAUGGGCUAUUCUGAUGCUACAGUGUAUAGCUCAUAGUCACUUUGUGAUUGAAGGUAUGCAGGAAUGGUAAUAUUAUUUGUCUUCAUUUGUACAAUUUCUAGUCAAGAAUACAGCUUCAAAAUUGAUUGCUGUUUUUGUUGUUCUCCUUCAUGGAGAAAAACAAAUUACUUUCUCAUUCUCUGUAAUAAUGAAGAUCCUUACUCUUUUCUCAGUGUCUCCUUGUCAAUGGGGUUGCUUCAUCGAGUGUUGACGAACCGAUCAGUCAAUGUUGUUGUCAUUUGAGAUUGCUUUUAUUUUCAACAAUGAAUUGAUUUUUCAUAAGUAGGAACGCAGACCAAGCUGUUGUAAAUGUUGAGCUUUCUUUACUUUUCCUGACUGUGCCUGAGGGAAAUAUGACUGAUGUUUCUGUGACUUAAUCAGAAGCCAAGAACAGAUCAGAUCUCUAGCUGGAUAUCAAAUUCAAGACCAUUUUCUUCUUCUGUAAAGAGGAAGAGCAAUCAAAUAAAAUGUGCAAUGUGCAGUCAAUGAAAUGAAAUUUAUAGAAAAAGAGAAAUGUAAUAACAGCUUGGUGUUUUAGUUGUUCUUUGUAUUUUUAAAAAUUAAAAUAGCGUGUUAAGAUUUUCCAAAUGUGUUAUUUAAGAGGUUGAAUUAUGGUUUAACAGCAAAUGUGCUCAGUUCCAUAGAAUUGUCAUGUUUUUACCUAGUGAUGCUGUAUUGCACAGCUUCUUCUUAAGAAUUAAAGUACAAUUUUUACUAUGUCAGGUUUCGCACACUAAGUGUGCUUGCAUUGUAAGCAGCAGAUUAAAACUGAAAUUGAUUUUUUAAGCGAAAAGAUUCCUGGACUGAUAUGGGAAAUAAUGGCUUUGUCUUUUAUACAUAUAUAAUAAAUCAUUAUAGCACUGUAUGGCAGAAACAUAGAUUGUUGGGCCUCUCUCCCAAGUAUCCAGUCAAGAUGUUUUUAUUUUGUGAUGUAUCACUAUAUGUGUUCAUUUGUUCCUUUUUUUUUAGAUAAAAUGUGAUCAAGAGGCAUCUUAAUUUUCUACCUGUGCCUGUUAUAUGUUUCUACAGUAUAAACUUCCCUUGGUUGACUCUUUCCUAUAUAGUAUCUAUGUGAAACUCACUAUUUGGUUGUGUGUUGUAAAUCUGUAAUUGUAAUGGCAUGUUUUAAUCAAAAUAAAAAAAAAAUCAUUGUAUCGAUACCUGA